AUGUCCAAAUCAGAAUCAAAACCAAAAGCGUUCGUUGAACACAGCUUGGAACAGCAACUUAGAGAUCCUUUUCUUCUUCUUCACAUUUCUUCUUCAAACCUAGAACAUAUCAACAUGAAGUUCGUUGUUGCCGUAGUCAUGUUGGCUCUUGCCGCUGGUGUGCAAUCAUCAUUGUUGGCACAAGUUGCUCCAGGUGUUUCUUAUGUUACACCAGCUUUGCAUGGUGCGUGGGGUGGUGCCUGGGAUGGUGCAUGGGGACAUGGUGGAGCAUGGGGUACUGGACUUGGUUUGGCUCAUGCACCAGCUGCUGUUGCCGUGCACGCUGGUACAGCGUGGGGUGCAAGCGGACAUGGUUGGGGUGUACCCGGCAUUUCUUUAGCUCAAGGUCCAGCACAUGGUAGUAUUGCUGCUGCAGCUCCAUUGGCUCUAGCUACCGGUCAUGGUCAUGAGGGUGUCUAUGUAGCUAAGACUCGUGGUGCUAUCCACACUGCUCCAUUGGCUGGUCACAUUAGCUCAGCUACUUCAGUCAAUGUAGCCCCAGCUCCUGGCACUCAUUAAAUUCACAAUUUAAAAAUAAUUAAAAUUCACUUUGACGACAGCAAUGCCAAAUGAAGAUGAAUACGUACCGUCACACACUUCACACUUCAAUCCUGUUCACUUUAGCAACAACCCACCACUGUUGUAUUAAUAAUCUCUCAUUUUCUUUAAUCGUAUUUUUAGUAAAAGAACUAUUACUCAAUCUCCAACAACAAUUACUACGACAACGACAACAACAUCAACAACAACAACA